AUGGCUUUACCGUUACCCUCACCAGCAAUUCUAGUUAAUAAUGAUAAUUCAAAUGACCAAAUAAUUACGGAAACUACAAUUGCACAAUCUAGUGCAGUAAAUGGCAGUACCCUUAUGAAUAGUAGCUCUACUUCAACAUUAUCGUUACGUAUUUAUUCUUCAACACCUCAACCAGUAAACUCAACAUCGACCUCUGCACAGCCAAUACCACCAUCAAGUGAUAAAGUAACAGCGGUUUUUGAUUUUACUUCAACUGAUCCGCUUUCUUUAGAAAAUAGUCGAAAGUCUGAGGAAGAAAUUAGAAAGAAUAAGAAAAAAAAGAUACAAAAAUUUUAUAGAGAUCAGAAUGAACUCAUUGAUGAGCUAUUAAGUCCAAUUGAACAAAAGUCCAGUGCUAAAUCAUUAAAAAAACAUAAUUUAAAGUUGAAAAUAGCAAUAUAUGGAUCGAUGUUUGUGAAUGUAUGUUUAUGUGCUUUACAAUUAUAUGCUGCAAUAUCAACUAAAUCGCUUGCAUUGUUUGCAACUAUGGUGGAUUCUUGUAUGGAUUUAUUGUCAAAUGGUAUUCUAUUAUUUACUGGUAGAGCUGCUAAUCGCAAAAAUCUUUUAGUAUAUCCAACUGGAAAAGCGAAAAUGGAAACAGCAGGAAUUAUUGUAUUUUCAUCACUUAUGAUAGCUUUAUCAAUUGAAAUAUCAAUUGAAGCCAUCAAAGCACUGAUUAAUCAUGAUAAUCCUCCUGAAGUCUCAGAGAUUGCCAUAAUUUGUAUUGGAUGUGCAUUAGAUAAUGCAUCAUCUCAAGCAUUGGCACAAGAUCAUCGAAAUGACUUGGUGAUAAAUAGUUUUGGAUUAACCAUGUCAUUGUUAUCAAGUAGAAUCGAGUGGUGGAUAGAUCCUGCUGGUGCUAUUACAAUAUCUUUGUUUAUAUUAAAAAGUUGGACUACUACAGCUUACGGUAAGAAAGAACAAAAAUAUGAAUCAAUAAAAAAGUAUUAUAAUAUAAUAACCAUUCAUCUUCCUUCUUCUCUUUUAACACACCCUGAUGUGUCUUUAUCAGCGUUAACUCAUCAUGAAAAAAUAUUACAAGUCGAUACUUGUAGAGCAUACCAUUCUGGCUACAAAUUAUUUGUUGAAAUUGAUAUAGUGAUGGAUCGUGAUACACCAUUAUGGGAAAGCCAUGACGUUGGCGAGGGCCUACAAAACAAAUUGGAGAAAUUAGCUAAUGUUGAUAGAGCCUUUGUACAUGUUGAUUACGAGUCAAGUCAUAAACCUGAACAUCAAAAAGAAGAAUAA